GUGGUUCCCCCCGAUCUGUGAGGACGACUGUCACCAUGUCGGAGACCGCGCCCGUUGCCGCGCCCGCGGUGUCUGCGCCCGGCGCUAAGGCCGCCGCUAAGAAGCCGAAGAAGGCGGCGGGCGGCGCCAAAGCCCGCAAGCCCGCGGGCCCCAGCGUCACCGAGCUGAUCACCAAGGCCGUGUCCGCCUCCAAGGAGCGCAAGGGGCUCUCCCUCGCCGCGCUCAAGAAGGCGCUGGCCGCCGGCGGAUACGAUGUGGAGAAGAACAACAGCCGCAUCAAGCUGGGGCUCAAGAGUCUGGUCAACAAAGGCACCCUGGUGCAGACCAAGGGCACCGGCGCCUCGGGCUCUUUCAAGCUGAAUAAAAAGCCGGGUGAGACCAAAGAGAAAGCAACUAAGAAAAAGCCUGCGGCCAAGCCCAAGAAGCCGGCGGCUAAGAAACCUGCAGCUGCUGCCAAGAAGCCCAAGAAGGCAGUGGCAGUGAAGAAGAGCCCCAAGAAAGUCAAGAAGCCGGCGGCUGCUGCCACCAAGAAGGCAACCAAGAGCCCCAAGAAGGCGACCAAGGCCGGCCGCCCCAAGAAGGCCACCAAGAGCCCAGCUAAGGCAAAGGCGGUGAAGCCCAAAGCUGCCAAAUCCAAGGCUGCCAAACCCAAGGCAGCCAAGGCAAAGAAGGCAGCAACAAAAAAAAAGUAAGAUGACAGAAGACAUUCGAGUCUCUUCAUUUAAAUAAACCCAAAGGCUCUUUUAAGAGCCACCCA